GACUUGUGGUCUUCUCCCUUCCCAAGCCCAAACGAUACAUUGACUUUUCAUCCAGCUCUCUUCACUUUCCCCUCUGAAACAAUCCCGUUUUCUAAACCCAUUUCCAGAUAUCUGUGUUCAUAUCCAGCGUUGCUUUUCAAAGUAUUACAUGUUACGAGGACAUGUAAUAAGCCGAUGAAGAGGUUGCUGCUGAUGAUUUCGCUAAAUGUGGGGUAUUCUACUGGAGAGCUGGGGAUUGGACAAUUUACUGGUCGUAUUAGUUUGGUAUCAGCUCCAUUUCAUUUGACAUUUGGCUUUGGCCGUUUAUCUACACUUCUGGAUGAGAUAUGAAUAUGUUUUUGUCAUACAGAAUGAAGUUUUAAAAACCUUUUCGCUCUUGGAGUUGCCAAGUUGAUUUCUUUCUUUCUGCUACUUAAUUUUUGCAAUAAUGUUUUCUGUUUAUGAGUCCUUCAACUAUUUGUUAAGUUGUUUGCUGCCAGGAAAGGCAACUCUGGCUGGGUUCCUCUACUAUAGUAUACCACCCCCUAUAUAGCUAAGAGACAUGCACCCUUGUUCAGAUAAAUAAAACUGAAGAUUGAUGUUUUUCUGUUUCAAAUAAUUUUAUUGAAAUUACAUGUAUGACUGGGUGGUUGAAAUGUAAACAUUUAACUCUUUUCAUUGGUCGGGCAUAAAAGUCUAAAAGUUUUGGCUGCUUUCACCAACGCUGUAUGUAUUUGUGUUUCAUGCACUCAAUCAGUUUGUCUUAUUUCUUUAAGUAAGCUUGAAUUUUAUGUACAUAUAACCAAAAUAUGAAUAAUAAUGAACUUAAUAAUGUAUUUAAGAGGUAAUGGAUGAGAAAACUUUCUACUAAUAUCUUGCCUGAUGAGAGUUGUGAUUAGCAUAUUCUUGGAGGAUGAUGAAUAGAUGAUUUCAGAAUUAAUUGCAUUAACUGAAAGUGGAGAUGCCCUUCCUCCAGCACCCCAGCUCACCUUUCCUCAUUUCUUAGUUUAUAAAUAUGGGGUGUUGUCAAUAGCACUGGUCCACCAUAUAGUACUGUUAUUCUUCUAGUUUUCCUGUGUGUUGUGGUUAAUGAUAUAAAAUGGCUAACAUCUUGAUGUUCUUUGAUUUUGCUGCACGUUUAGGCAGCUGUUUCUUCUCUUCAUCUCAUUCUCCUUAGCUGUGGAAGCACUUUAUCCAUUUAUCCAAGAUGAAUCUGAGCACAAGUAAGCUAGCUGCUUUGCCUUUUU